GCCUGUCUGCCGGACAAAAGGCGAAUCUGUCUGACGGUGGAUUGAAACCCAAUUAGAAACAGAGGAGACAUUUUGGGAAAACUGUCAGUGUCCGUGUGUCCCGGCGCCCCGAGGCAAUAGAUAUAUGGUAAAAUAAACAUCUGUGGAGGCUCUUAGACUGGAAUAUUAAGGAUGUUCCAGCAGUGUGAGGAGCCUCGUUUCACCAUUGAGCAGAUCGACCUCCUCCAGCGGCUCAGGAGGACAGGUAUCACACAGGCCGAGGUCCUCCACGCCCUGGACACCCUGGACCACCUGGAGCGGCAACAUGGACACAAGUUGACCCAUAAACCUCCCUACAUGCCUCCCUCGUCUUCCUUGUCUUCCUCCAGCACUGUCGUCGCCUCUUCCUCCAUGACUUCCACCGCCACUCAGACAAGUUUCCCUGACAACCAACUCUCACUGUCGCCCAAUAACAACUUCGACACCACCUCUCCACCUCUACCAAUUCCAGUAGCCUCACCUGUCGCCAUGGCAGCAGUAGCUCAAAAUGGCCUAGUUGCUGUCACUAAUGGGAAGCUGUCACCGCCCCGGUUUCCUCUCGGUGUCGUUAGUGGCAGCGUGACAGCACCAGGCUACGGGUUUGAGACCAGUGAAGAGGACAUAGAUGUGGAUGAAAAGGUGGAGGACUUGAUGAGGAGGGACAGUGCUAUGAUCAAAGAAGAGAUUAAGUCCUUCCUGGCGAACAGGCGGAUCUCCCAGGCUGUGGUCGCUCAGGUAACAGGGAUCAGUCAGAGUCGUAUCUCCCACUGGCUCCUACAGCAGGGAUCAGACCUCAGCGAGCAGAAGAAACGAGCCUUCUUUCGCUGGUACCAGCUGGAGAAGACCAACCCUGGUGCCACUCUGGCCAUGCGAGCCGCCCCAUUGGCUCUGGAGGAGGUGAUGGACUGGCACCAAGCCCCGCCUCCAUUUGGCUCGGCCCCAGGGGGCUUCCGUCUGCGGCGAGGGAGCAGAUUCACCUGGAGGAAGGAGUGUCUGGCUGUUAUGGAGAGCUACUUCAGUGAUAAUCAGUAUCCUGACGAAGCGAAGAGAGAAGAGAUCGCCACCGCCUGCAACGCUGUCAUUCAGAAACCAGGAAAGAAGCUGUCCGAUCUGGAGAGGGUAACAUCUCUGAAGGUCUACAAUUGGUUUGCCAACCGUCGCAAAGACAUCAAGAGGCGCGCUAAUAUUGAAGCAGCCAUCUUGGAGAGCCACGGCAUCGAGGUUCAAAGUCCAGGCGGUCAGUCCAACAGCGACGAGGUGGAUGGCAACGACUUCCCUGACCAGGCUUGUGAGGUAUCCUUAUUUGACAAGAGAGCUUCAGCCAGACAGUUUGGUUUCAGUCGAGCUGACCUGUCCUCUCCAACCCAGGUACCCACACUGCUCCCCAGCUGGUUCUCCGCCCUGGGUAGAGGAGGCUUGUCUGGACAGAGGGGCACCUCUCUGAUUGGCCGCUCCCUAGUGUCAGGGGCAGGCCCUCAGGCAGAAGGAUCCAGAUUGACAGGCGUUUCCUGGUCUCCCCCUUCCCCCUCGCUCCAGGAUGAACCCACCAUUCACAGCGCGCUGUCCGAGCCCCAGGACACAAUCGGUUUGGAGAAGGCGGCUGUCAAUCACAGCAACCAAGCCCUCGCCGAUCAGGUGGACGGGGCGGGGUGCAGUAUGGGGAGUGACAUCAAGACGGAAACGCUGGAGGACGACUGAGAUGGGUGGCCAAUAUUGGAGUUGUCAGAGAGAUGAAUGGAACAGGAUCAGAGGUGUGUUAAUAUGCAAGCAGAUUUUAUAGGAAUGUAAUAAGUGAAAAAAAAUGACCAAAAGUCACGUAAACUCCAACCCUGAGAUACCUCCCAACCCUACCUCCAACCACCAACCUGCUCUGCUACGCUCUUAUAGGCAUUACUAGUAUAUUAUUAUAAUGAUUAUAGUAACAGUAAACUAUUAUUUGUUAAAGUGCGCCCCAGCAGGCUAUGGAACAUUAAAAAUGCCUAAAUAAAUCAAAUCAAACUAAGAAAGUGAAAUUAUUUAAAUAUGACGCAGUAAAUGCAAUCCUAAAAGAAAUACAUGUAUUUUGUGUUUUGUGUCUUUGUUGAUUUGUUUUAGGCAUUUUAAAUCUUCCAUAGAGACUGUCUAUCAGGACAUGAUGCAUUGUGCAGAUUUCUUUGGAAACUGCGUUUUUCACCACAGGACAACACUGUAUUUGACGACGGGGUUCAAAUAAUUUCAGGGUCUUGCACUGUGAUCACAACACAACUGAACAGCCUCAAAAGAGAAAUGCAUGAAUUUCAAAGUUAAGUUCUUCUUUCUUUCUUUUUUUUUUUUUUUUUAAAUUCUGGUGCACAUUUCAUCACAGCUGAUUAUGUUUCAGAUUUUUGCUGUUGGUUCCUUCAAGUGAGAAGAACAGCAGAAUAAGCUCAGUUUCAUCAAGGUCACAGCACGUAGUUAAAUAUGUCCGUGGGCCUGAGAUGAUUUGAAAAUGUAAAAUAAGAGAAAGAAACAGAACGACCCACUCCUCUAUCCCCUGCCCUGGUAAAAUAAGCUCAAAAUAUGGAAGCAAAUAAAGGACUAUCCAAAAGUGAAAUUUAACCACCUGAUGGACUGAAUACUGUUUUAGAUAACACUGAGUGGAUAGCAUUGAAAUGUUUUAAUUUUAAAAGCCAUCUAUCCAAAUUUGAGUGUGUGAAUUCCCCUCUUUAAAAUCCCUAAUAGGUAUUUCAAGCUGUGCAAUUUAAAAAAAACUGAGUGAUUGUCAACUGGUGGACCUUGCCAAAGCUUCCCAUCUGGUCUGCAAAAUAUUAAUCAGAAAAUGUAAGGAGAAAAAAAAUACAUCCCACAGUAAGGUAUUCAGUUGCACCUAAGUCUUGGAACUUCAUGGCCUCUCUUUGCUUCCAUAUUAAACACAAAUGAUUUUAACUAAAAGUUACUCUCCAUAAAUGUUGAAGGUAGCCGAAACUGUUGACAGAUUUGUAUGAAACUAUAAACCCGGACGUCCAUGUGACCGGGUGUUAUGCUUUUGUGCCCAGUUACCCGAUGGCUGAUCAGGCAGAAUGAAUGAUCACUGUGAGAUGAUCUAUAAUCAAUACAGAUCAGUCAGUUGGGAGGUAUUCAGCAGUGUAAUAACACUGUUCAGAUAAUACAGAUUAAAGUGUAAGAUGAAUACAUACAUAUACUACACAUGUAUGUAUGCAUACAUACAUAAAUACCUACAUACAUACAGACAUGUAUGUAUGCAUACACAUUCGUAUAUACAGCGUAUUAUAUAAACUGUGGGGUAUAUAUAUAUGUACCCUGAUUCAUUUCUAUUUACAGUAUAUAGACAUAUUAGCUUCAAAUGGGAGAAACUAUCAGUAUGAGUCUUUCUUGUUGGUGCAAGGUGAGUGAAGCAUUAGCCAAAGUAUUAAGUUUGAAUUUUUGUGUAUUUUCAGAGUGUGUGAUGGUCAUGGAUGGGCCUGUGUAUUAGAGACAUGCUAAUCAACGAUGCAUCAGAUGUGUCAAAUUAUUGCAAGGAAAAUGCAUUUCUUUUUCUUUUUUUUUUUAGGUAUAUCUGUUUUUGUGCUCGAUAUGCCACGUGUUCUAAACACAUACUGUCCAAUUUAAAUUGUAUUUUCAUUUCAAAUGAAACUUUAUAGGAUCAAUAUGAUGGUGCUUAGAGUCCCUGCUGUUUUAAACAUUGGAUAGAUCAGUAUGAAUGACUGACAGACCAGAGAGGCAGCAGGAAGAGACAGUUAUUCAGGAAACUGAUGUUUUCCUCAAAAAGCUAACAGUUCACAUGUAGUGAGUGAGUUGGAUUCUCUUGAAACAACAACGGCAAGAAGUGUUCUUUAAAUAAAAGAGUCAAAUCUAGACAUCUAUCCCUGUACAGCCGUUGUAGAAGUCCUCUGCAUCUUUGCUAUACAAGUUCAGGUUUUGCCCUUCUUUAGCAUUUUGGACAGGAAAUAGUCAACUGUUUAGACGGGAAACACGUGAAUUUUGUCUUUAAAUAAACCACAGUUUCUUUAAUAGAACUGGGGUUAAAUAAGUGAUUCAUCUGAUUCAAAUUGAUCUUCAUUUGAAUAGCCUGAUAUCAAUUCAUAAAAUCCAAGAUCAAUCAUUUAAUAUAUGCUUUUCCCAUGGAUGUAUGAAGCUAUAAGCCCGUUAAUCUCGCCAGUAGUAAAUGGGCCCCGGUGCUAAAUUAUUAAUGACCGUACUGUUAAGCAGCUCCAGUCUUACAGAAUCUAGAUUGAAUCGACCUGGGACCUUGGGAAUCAAAAUCAAAAGUGAUUCAGGAAAUCAGUGGUGAAACCCAGCCCUAUUCUUUGCAUUUUAAAAAGGUCCACAGACCACCUGUUCUUUGACUAUAGCUUAUCAGCAAACAUUAUUAGCUUAUUGUUAUACAUCCCACUAUAGUUUACCUAUUCUUAUCUCUUCCAGAACACUUAGUUGUUUGGGUAGAUUUGGAAAUAGUAAAGCAGCAUUGAUUUAUUUGUAGCAGCCCACACAGCACUGUCACCUCAUAAAGUUGUCAAUGGUAACGUGUUUGACAUCCAGUACACAAGUAGGAGUUUUAAUAGUGACGUUCAGUAUUAGUCCAAUACUCGCUCGCCUUCAGCUUUGUUUUUGCUUCCACCAACCCCUGAGGAAAAUAUCUGUAUGUUUAGCUGCUAAAUGCUCUGCUGUAUUCACCAGCUAGUUUCUAACUUUGUUUGUCUGCUGUUUGGUGCCUGGCGGGUGGUGUGCAGUAGGUUUAUUGGAGCUUGUCACUGAUAACACAGACUUUGGCUGGAAACAAACUUGAUGAGAGGGGAGAUUGCAGGCUAAAACAACAAAACACGUGGUUAGGUUCUAAUUGAAAAAUACAUUUUACUGAUACUGAAAGUUAGCCCAAGUCCACAUGUUCGCAGGUAUUUUUGAAAACCAGAUUUUUCCCUCCUUUGUUUUCUUGAAAAAAAAAUCAGUUGAAAUGAAAACACAAAAACACAAUUGAAGCGUCAUGAGCACAUCAGACAAACAGGUGGCGAUAUCACCCAACCCCUAAAGCCACUCAAAGAAAAAGAAAUGAUUCUGAUUUCACAAUCAGAAAUUGAUUCAUUUGGUCUGAUAACAUUUUUAAAGUCUAGAAGAGCUGCGCUUUAUCCCCUUUCAUGUUACCAGAUGGCUCAACGAGAAGUUAGCUGCUCGGCCGGUGAAAGUUUCUAGUGCACUUUGCUCUAUGGGCCCCUCAAUGUGAAAGAUUGGGGUAAUUUUAGACCAAUUUUUAACAUUCGGGGG